UAUAUGGUUGUUUCUUCGAUCGAAUACACACUGAACACACAAACCCUUACCCGUUACUCCCUCUCUCUGCGAAUUCCCAAACCCUAGUAAUUUCCUUCUCUGUGUGUGUAAAUCUCUUCUCUUCCAAUUGCAAUCUGCUUUAUUCAUCUCUCUCCUUGUAUUGAUAAUCUCUGUGCGUACCGAAUUUGUGCAAGUUCUUUUUGGUUUUAGAUAACGACGAUGACUGACGGAAAGCCGAAUCUCCCUGACGAUCUCCUUCUCCUCUCUUGCAAGUCAACCGAUGAACGCCUCUCUUCCUUCAAAGAUCGUGGAGGAAUUGGUGAGGACAAGGCUCUGUUGAGUUUGCCUGAUGACUCAAAAGAUCAAGUGACUGCAGACAACACUAUACCUCUUUCUCCACAAUGGCUCUAUGCUAAACCGGUGGAUGCUAAGUUAUCAACUACUGGGGCAUCAGGGGAAACACGUGCUUCAAAUUCUUUGUCCCAUGGAAACUCCAGUGAUAGCAAUUUGAAAGACAAUUGGCGUUUAGAUGGAUCCCAAGACAAGAAAGAUCGGAGGAGGAUUGCUCCUGAUGUUGAAAGCAGCCGCCGUUGGCGUGAGGAGGAGAGGGAUACAGGUUUGCUUGGUAGAAAAGAUCGCAGAAAAGAAGACCAUCGUGCUGAUUCUGUUUCAGCUAGAGAUAUAUCUGAGACUAGAACUUUGCCUUCUUCAGAUCGUUGGCAUGACGGCAACAACCGCAAUUCUGCUCAUGAAUCCCGAAGAGACAGCAAGUGGUCAUCUAGGUGGGGUCCUGAAGAGAAAGAGAAGGAUUCUCGAAAUGAUAAGAGGGCAGAUAUUGAGAAGGAUGAGGCUCACAGUGACAAACAAAAUUUUGGCACUGCUAGCCGCCCGACUUCCGAGCGUGAGAAUGACUCUCGUGAUAAGUGGAGGCCAUCUUCUGAGCGUGAGAAUGACUCUCGUGAUAAGUGGAGGCCUCGCCAUCGUAUGGAAGUUCAUUCUGGUGGACCCGCUGCUUACAGGAGUGCACCUGGAUUUGGGUCAGAUAGAGGACGUGUGGAGAGCCUGAAUGUGCGGUUUGCUGCCGGAAGAGGAAGGUCCAACAAUAGUGGGAACUUACAAAUUGGCAGGCAUCUUACUGCUUCUUCCAUCGGGUCCAUUCCCAUGGAUAAGAAUCAUGCAUUCUGCUAUCCGAGGGGAAAACUUCUUGACAUUUACCGUAAGCACAAGACUCUUCCAAGUUUUGAUACCAUACCAGAUGGGAUGGAGCUUGUGUCUCCACUAACACAGGAAAUUGCUAUUAAGCCAUUGGCUUUUGUUGCACCUGAUGCAGAGCAAGAGGCUGUCCUUGGAGAUAUAUGGCAGGGAAAAAUUACAAGCAGUGGAGGAUUGAACAACUCAUUUAGAGAAAAGAACGAGUCAUCAAAUAAUAACACUUCAGGCAUUGGUGAGGAGAAUGUGAGUUUCUCUGUUAAGACUGAAGAAAUUGCAGACUCUUUUGGAAAAAUUACUGGCAAUGCUUCCGGUCAAGGUAUGGGUGCUGAGACGUUCAAUGCAUCAAUGGCUGAGGAAAAGGAUACGCAUAAAGAUGAUAAACAGAAGUGCGUGACAACAAUUGGCAGAGUGUUGAUGGAUGGCUUUGUGCCUGCAGUUUUCAAGAGAGACGAAUCCAGCAGUGUUGGGGAGAGUGGCCUGAUUGACAACGUUGUGGAUUUAAAAGCUUUUGAAAGGCAGCCAGUGGCAGAUGUGGCUUUUCAGAAUAACCUUAAGUUGGAGGAUAUUGAGUCAGCUACUUCUUUUGAAAUUGGUAGCCAGCUCCCUGAUGAUUCAAGUUCACUAUUUGAUUUUUCUUCUGCACAGCAAAAUUCAAGAAGCCAUCAAUUUUCAUUGAAUAUAAAUAAUGAUGGGCAUCAAUUCACGGGUACUAUCAUGCCUGAGGAACUAUCAUUGUGCUAUCUUGAUCCUCAAGGGGCAAUUCAGGGACCGUACCUUGGUAUUGAUAUUAUUGCAUGGUUUGAGCAAGGAUAUUUUGGAACUGACCUACCAGUUCGUUUGUCAGAUGCUCCCGAUGGAUCACCCUUCCAUGAACUUGGUGAUAUUAUGCCUCACCUAAAACUUAAACCCGGGUGUGCUUCAAGUACUAGUCUGUCUGCUAAGGUACAACUAUCUGAUGAUGUUGGAGAGAGCUUGGAAGGGAGCACAGCGACUUCUGCUUCUCUUGAAUAUAAGGUUUCUGCUGUCAGGGAAGACCAGCAGCGGGUUUCAUCUGGAUUUGAGGCCAUCUUUAGUGCUACUGGUCAGUCAAGGGUUCCUGAUCAUGGUUUUCUCAGCGGGAUGGAGUAUUCUGAUGAUCAAAGAUUUCAAAAUGUUGUUACUCCGGAUGAAGAAAUCGUCUUUCCUGGAAGUUCUGGAAGUAGUGGCAACCCUUUGAUGAGAGAUGUUGCAGAUGUUCAGCGAUUUGUUCGUAAUCCUUCUACCAACCCUGCCAUCUUAAAUGAAUUUUCAGAAGCUGGCAUGCAUACUCAUCAGGAUGAAAUAGUUCAUCCGUUUGGCUUGUCAAUGUCUGAGCUCAGUAGCAACUCUAAUCUUAGGCGUGCUCAAUCAUCCAACAUGGCUUCUGGCAUGGGUGAUGAAUUUCCAGCGCAGGUUCAUGCUAUGGACUCUUAUACAGAGCAUGAUGCUGCCCUUGCCAGUCACAGGUCCUUUGAUGCAGUAUUUGAUCAAUCCCAUUAUGCAGAGACAUGGCCUGAAGAUUACAGGAAAAAGCCACUCACUAAUCCCCACAUCGAUCUAAGUUCCGCAGAUGCUCGGCACUUAUUUCACAGGCAGCCAGAGUUCAAUGAUUUUGACCAGCAGCAUCUCAUGUUGCAGAAGAUGCAAAAAGAAUGUCAACAACAGAAUCAUUUAUCUCAUCCCUUCUCACAUACUAUGGAACUGGGUUUUGAGCAUAUCCCUUCUAAUCUUAUUGAACUGCAAUUUCAACGUCAGCAGCAGAUGGAGCUUCAACAUCAACAUCAGGUGGAGCUUCAACAGCGUCGGCAGGUGGAGCUUCAACAGCGGCGGCAGCUGGAGCUUCAACAGGAGCUUCAACAGCGGCGGCAGGUGGAGCUUCAACAGCGGCGACAGGUGGAGCUUCAGCAACAGCAGCGACAGUUUGAGCUUCAGCAACAGCAUCAUUUACUGCACCAACAGCAACAACAGCUUCGUCAGUACCAAAUGAAACUGCAGCAGCAGCAGGUUCUGGAACAGUUGCUGCAGCAUCAGAUGCCUGAUCUUGGAUAUGGUCAGGGAAAGGGAGAUCCAUUGAGAGAAAACUUGCUUGAGCAGAUUCAAUUUAGGACACGACUGGCGGCCGAACUGCAGCAGAAUUCACAUAAUCCAAGGCACCUCGAUCUAACACUGGAGCAGAUAAUUCGAGCUAAGAUUGGCCAGAAUAAUCUUCAAGAACCCCAGACUGAUAUCUUGGACCUCUUAUCACAGGUGAAGCAUGGUAAUAUACUCCCUUCAGACCUGCAGUUCCAUCUUCAGCAAGAACAGAUGCAGGCGCAAGAUUUAUCUGUGGCAAGGCAACAGUUAGGAAUUGAUGGUGAAAGGCAAGUUGGUUGGCCAUGGUCCAUUGAUGAAGCUGGUCAGACCUUCAGAAAUACUACCGGUCAUCACCAGUCUAAGUCUACAGGAUUUAACGCUUCAGAUUUUUACCUGCAACAGCAGAGGCUUUCCUCACAUGAUGAACAUUUAAGCCAUAACAAAUGGAAUCAUGCUUUACAGGAGCCACAUCAGGGUGGGUUUUAUGAGCCUAGCUCUAUGGCAUUUGACCAUCCAACUUCUCUGCCUGCUGUCACUCCUGGGAUGAAGAUGGAUAAUGUAAAUGGUCAUUCCCAAGGUCCAGAUUCAGCAGAGCAUCUAUAUAUGCAUUCUACUGAUCAACUGGGUUCCUUCUCGUCCAAUGUCUCUUCUCAUCAUCGACAAGUUUUUGGUGAUAUUUAUGGUUCUCGCGCUGAAAUGACAGAGAGCCACCUCCCUGGAAAACAAGGGCAGCAAGAGAAUAGUUGGGUUGAAGGAGGGAUGCAACAGUUGCAUCUUGAAGCUGAAAGAAAAAGGAAUGUUUCAGAAGUUGCUGGAAACUCUAGUUUUUGGACCUCAGCUGGAGGAGAUGAGGAGAGCUCAAAGCAAGUUUUAAUGGAUCUUCACCAAAAUAUGGGUCUUCAGUCUAUUCGGUCAUCGGAAGACGAUUAUCGGCACCUUAUAUCUUCCUCUAAAUCUCGGGAAUCCUUUUGGCCAAUCACCGAGUCGUUCUCUUUAAAUGAUAUUCCAGAUCAAGAGGCCACCAUGGAUGACUCAUUUAUGGAAAAGCCUCAAAAUUUGAAAUCAAAUUCUCUGCUGCAGGAUAAUCAUGCUAUGUCCUUGAGUGGUCAAUUACACCAUCAAGGAAAUGGUGAAAGAUUGUCCCUAAGGUCGAAAUCUGGAGCACUAACUGAAGAACCAACAUUCUUUUCAGGCAUAGUAGAUUCUUCUCAUACUAAUCAUGCGGAUAACAUGUUUGUUGAUAAAUCUGCCAUGGAUAAAGAAUUGGCAGAAUUGGAUAACAGAUAUGGGUCCCAAGGCAUGACUGCUAUGGCCAGGUCUGUUUCGCACAUUGAAGAGAACUUUGCUGAACAAGCUGAAACUGCUAUGGAUUUUGCUAAUGCCAGUAGCAGGCAGAGUAGCAGGCAUAGUUCCCUGAGCAGUGCUGGUGGUAAUGGAGGCCUACACGGGUAUGAGAUGGGAUUAGAUAAAUUGACUGGUGAAGAGGUCUCUAUUGACAGGAUGCCUUCUAUUUUAACUAGAGGGCUUGACAGUGCCUUGCAUAAACGCCCGCCGGUAUCACGGGCCUAUUCUUCCAAGGAUGUGUCGUCAGACAUGGCAUCUUCUUUGCAUAUCAAGCAAAAAAAUCGGGCAAGCCUUGCAACUUCUGAUGAAAGGAGGAGUGAGCCUGUAGAGAAUGUAGCAGCAACCCGGGGAGGUGACAGUCAGACAUCUGGCAAGAAAGAAGCGCUUUUUAGGAGGUCCUCAUCCUAUAAUGAUGCUGGUAUAACAGAGACAUCAUUUAUGGAUGUGCUAAAGAAGCCAGUUUUUACCGAGGCUGAAGCCGCUAAUGCGGCUGCCUUGGAAUCAUCUGAUGGUCCACUGAGUGGGCGAAGCGGGAAAAAGAAAGGGAAGAAAGGAAGGCAAAUUGAUCCUGCUCUCCUUGGCUUCAAGGUUUCUAGCAAUCGCAUUAUGAUGGGUGAGAUACAACAUCCUUACGAGUAACUUACGAUGGGUGAGAUACAGCCUGUUGACGAGUAGCUGAUACAAGCUGUGCAGUUAUUGUAAAGUUCAUUUUUUUUGGUAGAUGAGUAGAUUUUGUAUAGAUUACUGAAGAAGUUGGAGAUUCUUUGAUUUUUUUCUUCUUGUGUUUUUUUGGCUUGUUCAAGGUGGAGGAACAAGUUACAUAUUCUAGAGGUAGAGGAAGUAUAGGCUUCGAAUGAAAUAUUUUGUAGGCAUGAAACCCAUUAACAUAAACAAUUAUCAGACACAAAUAGUCCACUUUUCCUCCUCUCUUUUA